AUGCCCUUGCUGAAGUGGGCGAGAGAGCCCGACCUGUCGAUACCAAUCUGUCCAUCACCAUCCUCCGUCGAGGGCGAAGCCGGCCGACAUCUGUCCAAAGCGCUUGAAGUCACGAUUAUGUACAUCGUCAACGGCGGGGGCUUCCGAUUCCACAACGGUUGGGCCGUCAGCGCGCACGAGCCACGGUGCGCGCGAGCAUGGGUUCCGUGCGUCGACUUGGUGUCGUCACUGACGCGGUGGCGCCUCAUGGUGACGGCACCGCUUGGCAUGGCCGCUGUUGCGACUGGGGACCCGGUUCCGUCCCGAACCGCGUGGCUGUCGCCAUCAGGAGCGCGUGUCGAGAGCCCUGCUGUUCCAGAAGCAGCCUUCUGCCGUCGCGAGUUCAGCGUUGCGCUUGAAACAUCGGCGCGCAUGCUUGCGAUCGUCGUCGGGCCAUUCACGACGAGAUCGGAGGUAGUGCCUUUGCCGACCGCCAUCGCGGUGGACAAGGAGUACGAAAGGUGGCCACACCGCAACACGUCGUUGCUGGUGUCUUCUGAACCAGGAUUCGGGGAGCUGGCGCGGUCUGUAGCAUGCGUCAUGGCCAGCCAAAUCAUUCCGCGGAUCUCUGGCACUGUCGCGGCGCCCUAUCCCGUCGGGGCGUGCUUGAACAUCGUUGUUGUUCCUGCCCAGGCGAUGACCGGCUCGUUCUGUGCACUGCAUGGGGUGUUGCUUUUGGCCGAUGCAACCCUGGCAAAGCUUAGUGAACCCCAAGCAACUGUGUCCUUAAUCCGGUCACUGGGACUGGGUUACGCGACGCAGUACUUCGGCGUACUUGUCACGCCAUGCGAGCCGUCGGACUGCUGGACCACAGCAGCAUGCGCAGCACAUCUGUGCGCCUUCGUCGAGAGAGCCGUGCUCGGCAAGAACGAGACGGCGUUUCGAAAGCUUCAACAGCGCCGCGCAGUGCUUGAAAGGGAAGUCAUGGAUGCGGGCUCACACCCGCCGCCGCCCUUGAAGGCCUUGUCAGACGCGCAGCUCGCGGAGGUGCAGUUCGCCGACGAGCAGGAAGCCGCGCGCGAAGCUGGGCGAGAAUCGUUUGGGGGAGCACAUGACGCCGAUGAGGCCUCGGAGGUGAUGUGCGGAGGUGCUGGUGGGGAUUUGCUGCAUGCAUGGAAAGCGGAGUGCGUGAUGGACAUUCUGGAGCGCAUGGCAGGGCACGAGGAAAUUGCAAAACGCCUGAAUAUCAUGGUCAGGGACGCGCUCCGAGCAGCGAGGCGAAGCUUGGCAUCAGGCACCUCGUCCCUAGAACACACCGCACCAGCAACGCGGCCAGCGCAUCCUGCGCGCAUGGGCGUCACGGCGUCGCGAACAUUUGUCCGGAGCAUGCUGUACAAGGCCGGCCGUCGGGCGGAGCAUCAUGCCUUCCUGCGACGGUGGGUCCUCGGGCGUGGCGCCGAGACGCUUCUCUGCUCUUGGAUAUAUCGCCGGGCAAACUCCCUUUCUGUCGCCGUCCUUCACUGCGGGUCCAGGGAGGCGAAGCUCACUGCCCGGGGGGCGUCACAGAUGGCGAUCAAGCACGGAGUCGGCGUCGGCAUGCUGCGCGUUCAGAUAAAGGAAGAGGGCAUCGACCCGUACGAGGAGCAGAUCCCCUUGGGCCAUCAGGGAUCGGCGUACAGGGACUUCGUGUGUCGCACCAAGCCCUCGAAACCACGCGGGUCGAAGGCGCGGCCGGGGGACGCCGCGCCCGACGACGCUGCAAAGACGGAGGAAAAGCACCCGGUAGAGUGGGUUCGGAUCGAUCCCGCAGCGGAGUGGCUAGUGAACGUCGUGAUGCACAAGCCAACAAUGAAGCUGUGGGAUGCGGAGAUGGGGCGUUCGAAAUCCAUCGCAGCACAGCUUCGAGCCAUCGACGCAUACUUGUGGAUUGCGGAUAGGCACCCGGAGGGCAUCCCCGCGGUGCUGAGGGCACUGCACAGUGCUUCCGAGGACGACGCAUCGCACUGCCGCGUACGUGCCCAGGCUCUCGUUGCGCUAGCAUCCGUCGUUUCCGCUGCUCAGAAGCUUUCAGCAUCGAAGCUGGAGGGCGCGCAGGCGCAGGCAAUCGCGGGUGCGCUGGAUGACCUGAUGAACGGGUUGCUUCACAGCGUGAGCGCUGCGUGCCCUGGGAUGGAUAUGCGGCACGCUACGGUGGACCUCUCCGCGUACACGGUGAUGAGGUGCAUGCCGGCAGUUCUGGUUGCAUUUCGGGAUGCUGCGGGGUACACGCGUCAGGAUGGCCUGGAGCUCUUGUUGGACAUCCUCCUUCAUUCGUCCAGUGCGGGGAGCGCCCGGGAUGACACUGGCUUACGCGUCGCGAUCAUCGAGGCGCUUGGACAGUCGGCUCCGAGUGACCGGGAAACGCUCAGACGAAUUCUAUCCGAGAUCGAUCGUCACCUGGCUCGCGACAGGGUGGUGCCCAGUCAAAAAUUGGCCAUCUCAUGCGCCUGUCUCACAUCGAUCACGUCCCUUGCCAUCUCCCAUCGGACCAGGGAAGUCAUGUCGGCGGCGAAAUCGCUGUUGGCGUCCUUCGUGGAGCCCACGCUGCCGGUGUCUCUGUGUACAUGUGCACACUGGUGCAUGACCGGUGUGUUUGCGUGCGAGACGGGCACCGAAUCCGCGCUUCGGUACGUCGGUCGCGUCGUCAACGACGCGAGUGUACCAUCCGCGGUGAAAGUGGGUGUGCUCAACCACACCGCAAGCUGGGCUUUUGAGCUUCGCCACGGGACGGACCUCGUAGCAAUGUCGCGUGCCGCUUCCAGCCGGCAACUGGGCGUUCCGGAGUCUGCCACAAGACUGGAGAUCUCUCGCGGAGCGCUGGGACCACUCGUGCGCGCAAUGACAGACUCUUCGGAUCGUGCUGUGCAAUACGCUGCAUUUCGUGCUGUGCAGCGCGCGGCAGGACAUGGACCAUACCUCUACCGGCCUUCGUUUGCACGCGAGCGUGAAAUCGUCUGUCCGAUGGACAACGGGAUGACGCAGGAGGACGUGCGCAAGGCUGAGGCAGCUAUGAACUACCAGGUGGACACGACGGAUCGACUCAAGAGCAGAGCGACCGCUCGCCAAGCUGUAGCACCUACUCCCAAGAAAGCGAAGAGGCGGCCGCAGAAGAAGGCGGCGCCUGUCAAGCAGCCGCGCUCUGUGCCAACAACAGACCCCGUGAUGCAGACAGCUCCGGCUGCGGUACUCCAGGCCGCCCUGCCUACCAGGAUCAAGCUGCGAACCCCGGCCGUAAUUUCUGCUGCUGUUGCCGAGCCCGCCUCGCGAGCAGCUUCGCAGCUGCCGCAGUUGGCAGCCAAAGGUCAUCAGGUAGAUGUCGGAGCUUCAAGGAAAACUCGCCGCGCUGCUCCCAAGCCGGGAACAUACGCGUGGGGCGACUUCGCGGAAGAAGACUCUGGCAACGACGAGUCGGACGAGGACUCCCGAUUCAGCGAAGACUCGGACGGCUCGGACUAUCAUGCUAGCAAGAGAGCUCAGACACGGAGAGCGAAAAGGACGCGAGCGGGGAAGCCUAGGCGCGGUGCACACGUGUCAGAUGACGACUCGGAGAUGGCUCAGGCGACUUAUAACACUCGACGUGAAGGUCGUGGACACCCGGACUACAGGGCCAUGGCAGGUGGGUCUGGGGACGAUGGCAACGACAGUGACAGCGCGUAA